AUGCCUCUCCUUGCUCCCCCAGGAAAGCAGUUUUCCAUGCACAAGCUCGUGGCCAUGUCGACGAUGAUGUCUCCCACAAAUGGCACACACGGCCUCCAUAGCCUAGUUCCGAGCAAAAACAAUAGCCAGACUGCCUCUACACAUCAUGUAUACUUCUCACACGCGAUCCAAGAUCAUCUACGACGAGUCUACGACGAUGUACGGGGCGAGGAGCCCACUCUGACUCGUCAACGAUUCGAAACAUGGCUUGCGACUGUUCAAGCUCAGCCAAUAGAGCUGGAACAUGAGGAAUACAAAUGCGAAGAAUUUCUCCAGGUCAUAUAUAUGCAUCAUGGCUUCGACGCUCUGGGGGAGGUUGAUGUGGAGAGCAAAGAUUUAAGCAGGCCUCUCAGCAAUUAUUUCAUCAGCAGCAGUCACAAUACUUACCUAUCCGGAAACCAGUUAUCUUCGAAGAGCUCAACCGAAGCUUAUAAAUAUGUACUCACUCGCGGAUGUCGCUGUAUCGAGAUUGAUGUCCACAAUGGAGAACCAGCAGAUAGCAAAUCGAACCAUUCGCGCUCCCCCAGCACACACUCCGAAACGAAAGGGGAACAUAAAAGGCAUAUAUCUAUAUCUGGGAGCACGAUGUCAAGUCGUGCUGCGGCUGCGUUGGAGAAAGCCGAAGAGAAGUUUGACAGCGCAAAGGCCAAAAUUGUAGAGAAGAUGGAAAGGUCGGGCUUAGGAAGUCAUUCCAGUUCGUAUUCCAACCCGGAGAACCAGGUUGAGCAACGUGGACGACCAGCGACCACGAAUUCGCUCGAAGUCGGAAGCCCAAACGGCAAGAGGCCUGCCUCUGUACGAUCAAUGAGAAGUGGCGAACCAUUGGUUCUACAUGGAUGGACUUUGACCGCCCCAGUUGGCUUCAGAGCUGUCUGCAGAACUAUUCGAGAAACAGCUUUCCUGACGAGCAAUCUGCCGAUAAUUAUAAGCUUGGAAGUCCAUGCAGAUGUUGAACAACAAGAGAAGAUGGUCGAUAUCAUGCAGGAAGAGUGGAAAGGCCUUCUCAUCGAUCAAGCCCACGAGGCAUGCAAUCCGGAAGAGCGACUCCCGAGGCUUGAAGAAGUGUUAAACAAGAUUCUUAUCAAGGUGAAGAAGGCGACUUCAGACAAGUUAGUCCCAUCACCCUCUACGAACUCACUGGCUCCAGUCAAGUCACGGACGGACGGCGAUUCAGGCCAGUCUGGGUCAGAGGACGAGAGGAGCACCCAGAAGAAAAAGGUCAAGAUCUGCGAGAGGCUCAGCAAUCUUGGGAUCUAUACUCACAGCGAGCACUUCGUAAGCUUCGAAGCAAAGUCGGCUAGAAAGCCACCGCAUGUGUUCUCAAUCGGAGAGGGCAUGAUCAACGAACUCCACGAAACGAAGAAGGAACAGCUGAUCGCUCACAACCGCGAUUUCUUCAUGCGAGCGUACCCAGCAGGCUUCCGGAUCGACUCUUCAAACCUCGAUCCUUCAGGUUUCUGGCGAAAAGGCGUGCAGAUGGUUGCGCUCAACUGGCAGAAUUGCGAUAUGGGCAUGAUGCUUAACGAAGGAAUGUUUGCCGACGAGAAUGGCUGGGUAUUGAAACCUCCGGGCUACCGCAGUGAUCCCAAUGAGCCAAUCCAAUAUAAAGCACUGGACUUGAAGAUCACAGUCUACGCGGGCCAGCACAUCCCCAUCCCGGCGAACCAGACAGAACGAGGUUUCCACCCGUACAUCAAGUGCGAUCUACAUGUGCAGAAGCCGGAGAUUCCUAGGAAGGACGAAGGAAACAAGGAUGAAGCUAAGAAGAAAGAACCCGUCGACCCCACAGACUACAAGCAGAAGACGCCCUAUCGGAAAGGCGACCACCCAGACUUUGGGGAAGAAGGACACGUCUUAACGUUCCGAACGGUGGAGAAGGUGGUGGAAGAAUUAAGCUUCAUCAGGUACGUACCCAUCUUGGCGUUUUCGCCUGCUCGAAUCAACUGGGUUUGCCACCCAAUCAGCCAAGCGGCCUGCAUUGCAUAUUCCACACCGCCGUGAAUCCCAAGGACCGGGUACUCCUUACCUGUGGUCUAUGCCAACUCCUCUUUGAAUUUACCCUAGCGCCGCGACGGGCCGUGUUGCAUUGGUCGGUCCCUUGAAAAGGGCUGAUGUGGAUCUCCUGACGAGACGAUCCGUUCCGGGACCCGGGUUCCCUGCUCAACAUUACGGGAGGCCGCUUCAAACUUCCUCAACUUUCCCCUAGAUUUCCCCUUCACGAAAACAUCUUGCCAUGCCGUGCAACGCUUUCUGGCCUUCACUCCCAUCAUUCUGUUCCUUUAGUUCCCUCUUUUCUUGAUUCUUGCUAACUCGGUACCACAUAGAUUCAAAGUCGAAGACGAAAAGUAUGCCAAGGACACCGCGUGUGCGUGGGCAUGCAUCCGUCUGGAUCGCCUGCAGCAGGGGUACCGCUUCGUGCACCUGAUGGAUAUGAAGGGGCAGGCGACGCAGGGGCUGCUUUUCGUC